UGAGAGAAAUAGAAGAGGUGCUAAAUUAACGAUCGAUCCAGCUGUAAUCUGUCUAACGGCUUACAGUCAGCAUGGUUACGGUGGACUUCAAGACACUCACAGCACCGGUGGGCAUUUUAAGGAUACUGGCAGUGGUCUUAACCUGCAUCUCCUUCAGCCUGGUGGCAUCACUGGGCCACACUUCUCUGUCCUUCUGGGUCUGGUGCAUGUUCAGCUGGUGUUUCUGCUUCUGCAUCACCUUCCUCGUGCUCCUCCUGGAACUGACAACUCUAAAUACAAAGCUGCCCAUCUCCUGGGAUGACUUCACUGCUGCAUUUGCCAUGUUGGCUACCCUGAUGAUGUUCACAGCAGCUGUUAUCUAUCCAUAUUUCUUCGUCUGCUCUAGCUGCGGCAGAGGUAUUGGUGCCAGUGUCACGACCUGCUUGGCCUUCAUCCUCUACGCCGUUGAGGUGGGGCUAACCCGGGCCAAACCUGGUGAGAUCAGUGGAUUCCUUUCCACAGUCCCAGGCCUCCUCAAGGUUUUAGAGGCCUUUGUGGCCUGCAUCAUCUUCAUCUGUUUGGACUUCACCUUUUACUCUAUCUUCCCGGGGCUCCAGUGGUGCGUUGCCGUCUACUCCAUCUGCUUCAUUUUUGCCCUCCUCGUCAUCAUUUUUACCAUCGGCCGCCUGCUGUCUCUCUUCCCUGCGCCCUUCGACAAAGUCUUGACGGUGUGCAAUGUGCUGGCAGUGCUGAUGUACUUCACAGCUGUGGUCAUUUGGCCAUUUUACAGCUUUAGGAACAAUUUAGGCAGCAAUAAUUUUUACAUAGUCAUUACUGUGAUGACCUGCUUGAACCUCAUUGCUUACAUUGUGGAUACAGUUUACUCGUUUAAGCUCGUCUUCUUCGUCAGCAGAACAUAGGUUGCAAAAAGUCAGCUUGAACUUAUCUUUCAUUGAUUGAUUGAUUGAUUGUAUGAUAGUUAUUUUUAUGAUGGUUUAUGUCAUUCUUUUACUGCAGAUUUCAUAUUAAUUAGAGUAGCUUUUUUUAAACACGAUUUUGCAUUUUUUGAAGCGUUAACGUAGCUGUGGUUGAUUCAGGGUUUUUUUUAUUCAGGUUUAUGAGCCUGUAAAAGUACCGAGUGGGAAACUCAUUCAGUAUAGUUUCUUACAAAUCUCACCCUGAUAAAGAACAUUAAAAUCCAGUCAUUGUGGUUACUGAAUGUUAUUGAACAAGCCUACAUACCCAUGUGGUUGUUUUAGCACCUCGGUAAUAAAGUAUGAUAAGUAAAUCUUAAAUAAAUACCACUUUCAUGGUUUCAUGGUUAAAUAAUGAACUCCCCUUUGAGAAUGUUUGCAAAGGUGUGUCCAAGUGUGCAUAUCCUGCAAUACACACAGCUAUGGGUUUUGAGCUAACAACUCCACUCC